AUGGCAAAAUCAAGUGCAGUGACACACAUUGGCGACAGCUCGGAGGACCAGACCACGCGGGCGUUGAUCCAGCAGGUUUACGUGUUUUUGACAAAGAAGGGACUUCCGGUGACGGCGGAGAAGCUUAAGAGCGAGGUUGGAAAGAAGUUUAGCGGGGUCGAGCUCGGUGAGGAAGAUGUGGCGGGAAAUGAUCCGUUGGAGCUGAUCAUGUACGCUUGGAAGGAGGGCAAGACGAAGGCGGAGUUGGCAGGGGAUGAGAGCGGCAGCACCAGCAGUGAGAGCGAGUCUUCGUCUUCGUCUGACUCGGAAUCGGGCUCUGACUCCGACUCCAGCUCUAGCUCUGAUUCGGACUCGGACUCGGAUUCUGAUGAGGAUUCUGAUGAGGAGGUGACAAAGAAGAGCGAGCUUGUCGAUGACGAGGCCGAGGAGGCGUCGAGUUCGGAGGAGGACAGUUCUGAUUCUUCGUCUUCGUCGGACGAUGAUGAUGAGGAGGAUGAAGAAGAGGUUGUGACUACUACGACGUCGACUACGAUUACGACAAAGUCCAAGAAGGCCAAGAAGGAGUCUUCGAGCGAUUCGGAGUCUUCUGAUUCCUCCGAUUCCGAUUCUUCAGAGUCUAGUGAUUCUGAUUCCAGCGACUCUGACUCUGAUUCUGACUCUGAGAGCAGCUCGUCGAGCUCAGACUCGGAUUCAGACUCGGACUCGGACUCUGAGAGCGAGUCCGAGAAGGAAGAGAAGAAGCAGGAAAGACAGGAAUCAUCAGAGUCGUCGGCUACGGCUGAGGACGAGAGUCAGGGCGAGAGCAGGAAACGGUCGCGGGACGAGUCGGAGGGUGCGGAAAACAGCGACGGUACAAAGCGAAGAAGGCAAUACUUCUUGCACAGAUCUAGUACGGACCCGGCGCGACGAUUCUCGCGGAUAAACAGAGAGAAGGUGGACUUUGUGUCCGACGUGCUGAAGGAUAAUACGUACAAGGGGGCUGCGGGCACCUGGGGCGAGCUGGCGAACGAGAAGCUGACGCAGACAUCGAAGCAAGCUUGGGACUGGGACGCGCGGGCCCCGUCGCUCGAGGAGCAGAGUUGGGCGCUACGACGGAAAGUACCGGGCGUACCUCAGAACUCUAAUCCGGAACCUUGCACAAACCUUGUCCAAGAUAUUGGUUUCCGCUUCUUUCAGUUACGACGGACCGACCACGCGAGAGCCUCAUGCUCAGGAGCGCCCACUGCAAUCCUCGAACGAAGAGGCCUCGUUGACUGCUCUCCAGGUACUUCAACACUCGCGGCUCUCGUCCAUUGCCCGUCGGCUUCUCUUCUUCCUCCUGUUCCUCCUCCUCCUCUCCUCUCCUCCUCCUCCCCCAGGCGCACCGAUGCCACUGCUCCCGCCUGCUGCAUCAUGCCUCCGCCCGCCUCAGCAAUGCCCUCCAUCGCAGCCCUCGUCGACCCCCCAGCCUCGCCACCUCUCCCGCCCCGCACCCCCAUGGCCGUCCGUCGCCGCGGCCUCUCCGUCAGCGACUACAUCCUCCAGCUCCGCCAGCAGCCCAUCCGCUGCAAGGCCGCCGGCGCUUCCGACCGCGCGCUCGCCGACAGAAAAGCAAUCGACCCCCCGCCCAUCGUCCACCUCAUCGUGCGCGACGGCGACCCGCACUGCGAAUGGCUGCAGUCCCCGUUCUUCUUCAUGUGCGCAAACCUCUACGAUCCCGUGCACGACACCCCUGUCCCUCGCCCACCGUCGGAGACCCUCGCGGGCACGCUCGUUUCCUCCCUCCACCGCGUUCGCGACGAAGAGGAUAACGAAGGCGGAUACUUUGUCUUUGGCGACCUCUCCGUCAAGCUCGAGGGCCAGUUCCGGCUCCAGUUUUCCCUUUUCGAGAUGCUUGACGGUGCCCAAGUUGAGUUUAUAACCUCAAUAAUGACCGACGUCUUUACAGUAUUCUCGGCAAAACAGUUUCCCGGUGUGCUCGAAUCAACAAGUCUUUCGCGCCAGUUCUCAGAUCAAGGUGUUCGGCUACGGCUUCGCAAGGAAACCGGCGCACGUGCUGCCGCUACUGCUGCUGCUGCCGCGGCCGCGGCGGCUACCUCGUCUGGCACGUCGCCUGCUUCGACUUCUGCAAGUGGAUACAGACGGACGUCGUCAGAGAAUAACGAUGAGAAGAGUGAACAGCACGCGAGAAUCGCUCCCGCUGAGCAGUAUGCGCCCAAUUCGAAGCGGCAAAGAGUUACAGUCUACUCUUCUAACGUAGCUCUCCCUCCUCCUCCACCACCACCACCUCCACCAUCUUCCGCUGCUUCUGUUUCUGUUCCUCCUGCUACACGAUUUCCAUCACAAGGUAUGGAGCCCGCAGAACUGAAAAGCAGAAACAGCAGCCUAGCGAGGAGUAGCGUCAGCAGUACGUCAAGCUACAUGUCGGUAGCCUCGGCGCCACCCAGCUCUGUCUCUCGAGGGAAGCGGAAAUCCAGCGGCGGCGGCGCGGAUCAGAUCAAGGAAGAGCCGUUUGCUUACGACCACUACGCCGAGAACCAAAAACUGCAGCAACAGCAGCAGGCACAAAUCCCUCCACAGCAACAGCAACGAAUGCUGCCAACGUACACUUACGCGCAGCAGCCGCAACACCACUACGCACCACAACCACAGCAGUUCUACCCUUCUCACGAAAACCAUUAUCCCUCAUAUCCACACCCUCAGUACGACGAGUACUAUCGUCAGCAAUACGCCCAGCAGCAGCAACAACAACAACAUCCGCCCCAGGCAAUCCAUUCCGCAACUCCUCCGGGAACACCGCAAAAUGUGCAGCCGCGCCAAAGUGCUGCUGCACCACCCCCACCACCCCAGCAGCCCGCUUCCCCUACUCAGUCGUCGGCGGAUGCAGCGGCAUACCAAGCCCGGUCGUCCUACACGGGAAGCGCGUACUCGUCGCAGCAGCCGUCGCCGCAGUCGCGAUCCGAGGAAGUUCGGAGUCCGUAUGUGUAUUCGCAGACGCAGAAUGCUUCAGCGAGACCUGCGGCGGUUGUUACUUCUGCGCCGCCGCCGAUGCCUCCGACGCAGUCCGAUCUCUCGCAUAUGCAGCUGCCGUCUGGUCCUGUCUAUGUUCCUUCGCCCCCGCCCUCUCUGCUGUCGCAGCCACUGACGCACUACCGUCAACAGCAGCAUCAGCAACCACAGCAUCAGCAACCGCAGCAGCAGCCAAGUCAACCGCAGCACCAGUCUCUGACACCCCCAUCGCAGCUACUGCAUCCGUCUCUGAUCCCGCGCAUACCACCGCUCAAUGUCGCGGUGGGCCCGGGAGCGAUCGCGUCUUCGAUGAGAGAAGGCGACGGAAGGGUACGGCUUCCUCCGUUGGUGUUUGGCGAUGCGCAGCAAGGCUUGCAGGGGAGUGGGGCCGAUUCCAUUCUGCAACAGUCGUUUCUGAACCGCCAGCAGCAACAGCAACAGCAGCAGCAGCAGCAUUUGCCGCUUCCUCCUCCCUCGCUUCUUUCGCCGUCGCAGAUGGCACCACAUGCCGGGUACGCUAACCCGCUGACGCGCGGCGGCUACGAUACCCGUGCAGAGUGA